AUGGCCCAAGGUCUCAAAGGAGCACCAGGCACGUUUCAGAGGGUCGCUAACGCUUUAAUUCGCGAAUUGAAAGCCUGUUGUUUUGCCUAUAUCGACGACAUUAUAAUUGCCAGUCAUUCAGUACGUGAACACCUUCAAGAUCUUGAAGAAGUAUUUGUACGCAUUCAAAACUUUGGCAUGAAACUGACGAGUGAAAAAUGCUCCUUUUUCAAGAAAGAAGUGCAAUACUUAGGCAUUUUGGUUAGCAAGAAAGGUACCCGUUUGAACCCUGAAAAAGUCGCUAGCAUCGUAGAUAUAGCACAACCGACGGACGCCAAAGGUGUAAAAUCUUUUCUUGGCGCCGCGUCUUAUUUUCGUCGCUUUAUUCCACGAUUUUCGUUCAUUGCCACCCCAUUAAAUAAUCUCUUACAAAAAGAAGUUCCAUUUACAUGGACAGAAGAACAUACCAAAGCAUUCUUGUCGCUUAAAAAAGCACUUGUUAAUGCACCAGUCUUGGUCUCUCCUGUUUUAGGAAGACCUUAUCAUAUUCAUACCGAUGCUUCGACCAUCGGAGUAGGGGCGUGUUUGCUUCAAGAAAAUCCAGAAACAGGAAAUCAGCACCCUAUCGCGUACUGUAGCCGCCCGCUCACGAAGCACGAGAAAAAUUACGCCGUCAUAGAACUUGAGGCGUUAGCUAUUGUAUUCGCUCUUAACCACUUUUACCCUUAUGUGGCUAAUGCGAAGAUUACACUAGUAACAGAUCAUGCUCCGCUUAAGUCAUUAAUGCAUAGAUCUGAUUUAGUCGGACGACUUGCAAAGUAUCAAAUAAGCAUACAAGCGUUCGACCUUGAAAUCGUAUAUCGUGCUGGUAAACACAACACCUUGUGCGAUUUUCUGAGUAGGUACCCUGUGGCGUAUACGAAUGCCAUACAAGUUAGUAAUUUACCAUCUUUGGAAGAUAUUCGACAAUCUCAAAUGCAGUCUAACUACCGGAAAUUAAUUGAUUUUCUCAGAGGAGAUAUGGACAAUUUAUCAGACGAAUUCUCUAGAACCUUGCACAAUUACUCUAUAUUCAAUGAUUGUCUCUAUUUUACAGGCAAAGAAAGCCCACAACUAAUCAUUCCUGACCAAGAUAUGCAAAAACGCAUCAUAGAAUUUUUUCACAACAAUCCUCUCAUUAGCUCCCAUGCUGGCAUGAGAAAAACUCAAAAAGCAUAGAA